CAUCUCAUCUGCUCAGUCGCGUAGCUUUCAUUCUCCUCGCGCCAUACAGAUAACAGCCAUCUUACCUGAUUCGGAUUUAACGCAUUUUGAGUUUAUUUUACGCACGGCGAACACAACUUGGGCACACCCAUCAUCUCCGCUUGGAUACUAAACCCAGCGCGGUUUGAUUUCUGCCUGAAAUGAGGCUGGCCAGCGAAACUGUUCUUUCCGUGUGAGAGACGUUUGCUGUACCAUUCAACUGCUCUUCAUCAGUGAGGAUACGUUGCCAAAUGUGGGGAUAACCAUUAACGCCAAAGCUUGUUGGAAAGAACUUUUGUUUUCCCCCUCCAUCUUCUGCGCGAAAUUACUCUUGGACCUGUGACUUCACAGCUGUUUACAAAGUCAUGCAGCAUCAUUUGGAGCUAGGGGGACACUAUUAUCCCCCGGAAGCACAUCCUGACCACAGAUCCCAUCGCUACAGGAGUUUUAUGAUCGAAGAAAUUUUGACGGACCACCCUGACCACAAAGUGGCCGCUCCAGCCGGAGAGCUGCUCAAAUUUGGAGUACAAGCUCUUCUUUCUGCGCGACCGUACCACAAUCAUUUAGUCUUUAAGGCAGACCAAGGCAGUAUCCUGAAGUUCCCCAUGUCACCUCUGUCGUGUUCGUUAGGAGCGCCACUGGGAUCGGCGCUGCUCUCCGGGGCGUCUGGCCUACAGGUUGGUGCGGCUUCACAUCACUUGCCACUGGAUCUCCAUCUGCGUAGUAAACUUGACCCCGGCGGAGACGGCGUGAGCAAGACGAAGAAAGGAAGACGGAGUAGAACAGUUUUCACAGAGCUCCAGCUCAUGGGCUUGGAAAAGAGAUUCGAAAAGCAAAAAUAUCUCUCCACUCCAGACAGAAUAGACCUGGCAGAAUCACUAGGCCUCAGCCAACUUCAAGUUAAAACGUGGUACCAAAAUAGAAGAAUGAAGUGGAAGAAAAUAGUCUUACAAGGAGGAGGACUGGAGUCUCCAACCAAACCUAAAGGCCGACCGAAGAAGAACUCCAUUCCAACCAGCGAGCAACUCUCGGAGCAGGAAAAGUCGCGGGAAACAGACCGGCUUUCUGACAGCUCCUCAUCGACACGCUCGGAUUCUAAUCAGGAGGAGUAAAUGACUCGAAUACUGACAUGAAAGUACUGCCAACAGUAGGACGCGCUGUCGCCUCAACAACAACAAAAAACACAACAUGUUCCCUGGGAUGCGCUCCCCAGUCGACUUGCUGGAACUUUGGACAGGCGAGCUCUGCCCAGACGUGGAGGUCUGCGUUAGUUCUAAAAACUCUGCCUCUUCUCCCAAAUACCCUUUCCCGCCGAGUGUUCUUCCUUCAGAGACAUGGUGAAUAGACUCUUCUGCAUGCCCUGUCUGAAGGCAAGGAACAAAAUUCUGGUCAGUACAGAUACACGUUUUCUGUUGGACAAGAGCACUCAAAUUCGUUGUACAUAAAACUAAGCUCAAAUGUUAUCUUAACAAUAUGUUUUGAUGCAAUUAAAUGUGUUUUUUUCACAUAACAAAUGAAAUGAUUCUUUAUUUUAAAACACCAAGUGAAGAAACCCACCCAUAUUAUAGAGAUUAUUUCAGGUG